AUGGCAGGAGGUGGUUUUGUCUCUCAAGGUGGUGCAGGAAACUAUGAGGGCAAGGUGACAUGCUUUGUAAUUAUGACAUGUUUGGUUGCUGCCAGUGGUGGUCUCCUUUUUGGUUAUGACAUUGGUAUCUCAGGAGGGGUUACGUCAAUGGAUGAGUUCUUGCAAAAGUUCUUUCCGGAGGUGUAUAAAAAGGAAAAGAACCUUAGUGGAAAUACUAGCAACUAUUGCAAAUUUGACAGUGCAGUUCUGACACUUUUCACCUCUUCCCUUUACUUAGCAGCCCUGGUUGCCUCCUUCUUUGCUUCUGCAACAACAAAAGCAUUGGGAAGAAAGGCCUCCAUGGUAAUUGGAGGUCUAGUAUUUCUUAUAGGUGCAAUCAUCAAUGGAGCUGCCAUGAAUGUUGCAAUGCUCAUCAUUGGUCGUCUCUUGCUCGGUGUAGGCGUUGGAUAUGCUAACCAGGCAGUUCCAGUUUACCUAUCAGAAAUGGCGCCCGCGAAGAUCAGGGGUGCACUCAACAUUGGUUUCCAAAUGGCUGUAACAAUAGGAAUUUUCGGAGCCAAUUUGGUGAACUACGCAACAUCAAAGAUGCAGCACAAUGGAUGGAGAUUUUCUCUGGGUGGGGCAAUGGUCCCUGCUAUUAUCAUGACCGUCGGAUCUCUCUUCUUACCAGACACUCCCAAUUCCCUGAUUGAGAGAGGCAAGAAAGAUGAAGCAAGGCAAAUGUUGAAGAAAAUCCGUGGAACCGAGAAUGUGGAUGAGGAAUACAACGAUCUUGUGGUGGCAAGUGAAGCUUCAAACCAAGUCCAGCAACCAUGGAAGGAUAUCUUGGACAGGAAACAUAGGCCUCAUCUGGUCAUUGUUUCCCUCAUUCCAUUUUUCCAGCAACUCACUGGCAUCAAUGUGAUCAUGUUUUAUGCCCCUGUUCUUUUUAAGACUCUUGGCUUUGGUGAUGAAGCUUCCCUCGUUAGUGCUGUGGUCUCUGGUCUGGUGAAUGUCUUCGCCACUGUGGUGUCAAUCAUCAGUGUUGAUAGGUUUGGGAGAAGGGCAUUGUUCUUGGAAGGUGGAAUCCAAAUGAUCCUUUCCCAGUUGGGCGUUGGAAUUCUGAUUGCCAAAGUUUUCGGAGUAUCUGGGGAGGGAACCUUCACCAAAACUCAAGGCGAUAUUGCACUGUUCUUGAUCUGUGUGUACGUUGCUGCAUUUGCAUGGUCUUGGGGACCUUUGGGGUGGUUGGUGCCUAGUGAAAUCUUUCCCCUCGAAAUCCGAUCAGCCGGGCAAUCCAUCAAUGUUUCUGUAAACAUGUUCUUCACAUUCAUAAUCGGACAGCUCUUCCUAACUAUGCUUUGCCACUUGAAAUUUGGCCUCUUCUUCUUCUUCGGCGGAUUUGUGAUCAUGAUGACUUUGUUCGUCUAUUUCUUCUUGCCUGAGACCAAGAAUGUGCCAAUUGAAGAAAUGAAUAGAGUCUGGAAGGCUCACUGGUUCUGGGGAAAGUAUAUCCCAGAUGAUGCUGUUGGCCUUCGCCAUCAGCCAAAAUCAAUCGAAUUUUGA